GUAUGGUGUCAGAGAAGGCAUACAGUGAAUACUUGACGCACAUGUAAAUUCAAGCUGUGCAAAAAAAAAGUUUUUUGGGGUUCUGUGAAGAAUAUCGCUGAUGUGUUGAGGAUCUUUUAUAAAAAAGUUUCUAAAUAAUCAUAUCGUAAUAGUUUGCUUUUCCUUGCUAACUGCCUCUGACAACAUACCAACAAAAUGCCGCAGAACGAAUAUAUUGAGCGCCAUACCAAGCUCCAUGGUCGCCGGCUUGAUUAUGAAGAACGGAAACGAAAGCGCGAGGCUCGCGAGCCAAAGAAGCGGGCUGCCAUGGCCCGUAAGUUGCGCGGCAUUAAGGCGAAACUGUUCCAGAAACAGCGACGAAAUGAAAAAAUCCAGAUGAAGAAAAAAAUUCAAGCUCACGAAGAGAAGAAAGUCAAGAAAACUACUGAAAAGGUCGAGGAUGGAGCGAUUCCCGCAUAUCUGCUGGACCGUGGCGUCCAAUCGAGCGCCAAAGUUUUGUCUAAUAUGAUAAAGCAGAAACGAAAGGAGAAAGCUGGCAAAUGGGAUGUUCCAAUUCCAAAAGUUCGAGCACAAUCAGACGCUGAAGUAUUCAAAGUUAUCCGUAGUGGAAAAACCAAACGGAAAGCAUGGAAGCGAAUGGUUACUAAAGUUACUUACGUGGGAGAAAGCUUUACGCGUAAACCACCCAAGUUUGAACGAUUCAUUCGGCCAAUGGCUCUUCGGUUCAAUAAGGCUCAUGUAACACAUCCCGAGUUAAAAGCGACAUUCCAUUUGCCCAUAAUAGGCGUAAAAAAGAAUCCCUCUUCGCCUAUGUACACUAGCUUGGGUGUCAUAACUAAAGGUACCGUGAUCGAAGUCAAUAUUUCCGAGUUGGGAUUGGUUACACAAUCUGGCAAAGUCGUUUGGGGAAAAUACGCUCAGGUUACGAACAAUCCGGAGAACGAUGGAUGUAUUAAUGCUGUGCUACUAGUUUAGAUAUUUCAUAAUCUCAAAAUUUUCAUUUUUGUAAACUACAACAUUCAGUUUCAUCUAGUUGUAAAAUAUAUCGGCGAACCAGUAAA